AUGGGGGAGUUGUUGAUAGAAAAGGCGCUUGGGCAGCUAUCUUCGGACAAGCAGAAAGAGCGCAUCGACGGUCUAACAGACCUCAAAUAUAUAUUACAGCAAAACAAAGGAAGCUCAAGACUCUCGGACCUCAAUGACAAGGCCUGUCAUAAGAUUUUUGAGUCUUUAUUUCGGUUUAUUGCAUCGGAAAGACCUGCUUUCAUUCGAGCGCAACGGUCAAGUUCCAGAAGCCCCGUUGUCUCCCGCCUAUCCACAUGUGCCUCUGUCAUUCGAACGGCUGUGGACGUCUUCCUGCGCAACCUGAGAACCAAGACGGUCCGCGCGAUUAUUGACCACAUCACGGACACCAUACCCGUCCCCGGAGAAGGCCUAUGGGACGUUCUUAGCGUGGAUUAUACCAAAUGCCUGACUUCAUUACUUCGCUACGCGCCUCACAAUGAGCAUUUGGGCGAUGCGGAAUGGGAAAAGCUUAUCGAAUUUUGCUUAGCAGUCAUCAAGACCCAGGAGGGUAAUGAAAGCCAACUCGGUAUCAGAAGUGGCAAUAGAUCUGCUCCGGAAGACCUGCUAGAUGCCAGCGACAGUCGUUCAACACCGGUCAGACUGACGACACCCGUGCCUGCAAAUAGGGGAAAGUCUACGAGCAAUAUCAAUGCCAUAGGCGAAGUGGUAGAAUGUGUCCAACUUCUGACAGUAAGCCCCUGUGCUCCUGUUCAGGCUGCUGCUGAGACUAUCCUGCAAGCCCUGGUUGAGUUUGUCAUAACUUCCCCCGCGAUUGCUGGGAACACGCAACAAUUGGCAUUCAGCAGCAUAAAUGCAGUGGCCCUGAAAGUGUUAUUUGACCAAUCAGAUCUCGUUAGAUCAUCUACGCUAGGGCUUAUUCCCGUGGUUCGACGCCUUUGGCCCACAAAACUCAUGAAACUGAAGGAUGAGUUGUUGAUUACGUUAAUGGUUUGGAUGGUGGUUUUGUUUGGGGGGGUCACACGAUCGAUUGAGGACCUGAUAGAUACUUUACAUUCCGAGUAUUUGAAACGACCGGAGAAAGAUCUGCUCCAGAUUGACGAUAUUACCUUGGACAGUACACCAGUGGAAAACAACCGUCCUGUUUACGGACCGUGUCUCGGGAGUUCCCGAUCGGAACACAACUGGACGGUUAUUUGGUCCAUCGCAAAUCUUUCAAAGCUGUCAGGAAAUUCCCAAGUUCACUCCCCUGAUCACGAUGUUGCAGACGACAAGUCAAGCAAAAGGCGACGUUUCAAUUCUGUAGUCGAUGACAUUUUUCGGGAUGCAGUAUCGGCAACAGGCACACGGCGGGUUUGCGCACUGCAACUAGUUCCGUUCCUUGCGAACGAGCGGAGUAUCGGGCAAAAAGAGGAUCUAAUCCAACGGCUUGUCCCGAAUAUUCUUGACGACAAUAGUGCUAUCUCUUCGUGGACUAUGGUGGCACUAGCCAGCCUUGUCAAUGGCCCUGACGCUCAGCUACCAGUAUUGAAAAGCUCGUGGGUGCGCGUUAUGGAUCUUUCAUCUCGUGUGAUAUCGUCAUUUCCCACUUCGAGGGCCGCCUGCAAUCUAAUGGGCCUGAUCCUCGAGGCAGACUUGUUGGAAAAUCCUGUCGUGACAGAUCAUAUACGUUCAAUGUUGAUAUCUGCAAACUUGAAUGGGCCCUCUUCAAUUUCGGACGCCUCUUUAAGCCUAUGGGUCUCCAUAGCGCGGCGAAAAACACAAUUGAAUUUGGCCUCUGUUCAAAGUGCGUCAAAGCAGAUAUGUAGUUGGCUGAGGGAAGUUUGGACAAUUGGCACCGUUACCGAUCGAGUUCAAACUGCCCAAGUUUCGAUGUUUGCACGCCCACUCAGCUUGCUCCACCUUUUCAUGGCAUGUACUGGCAGACCAUGUAAUUUACCCCUUGACCAAGUGCCAGGGCCAACGGGACCUAUAGCUGGGACAUGGCUUUUGUUUCACGAAAACAGGGAGCUUCUAGAAUAUCUCUUCAGCGUCGACAAGGCUUUCCAAAAUGCCAACCCCUGGGGUAGACAAGGUUCAUGGGAUCUGAGCCCAUCGACCCGACAAGAUGCCGAUGACCUGGUAAUACUAGAGCUGUUGAGAUCAAAAGGGGAAUUCUUCGUUCAGGCCUGGCAGACAAUCGCCGAAGAUAAAUCCGUCCAUCUUACUACAGAUAUCCUGCAAAUCUUGACAUCGUUUUGCACCACAACAUCUCUUUUUCUGGCUUGCCUGCCAGAAAAGCUUGGAUCUCAGAGCGAAGAGAUUCUUCAAAAUUGCCAAUUCCUCUGGAAAUGCAUAUGUGAUUCCUUUGCAGUUUCUGGUCCGAUGUCCACCCUUCCAUGUCUCGAAAUCUUGUCACCGAUCCUUCCGUCAUCCCUACCCGCUGUUGACGAUAUCCGCUGGAAGGCUCUUCAUCCGCUGAUGAUCCCACUCUCAGACCUACUUGAGACCUUUCGCGAGAGGAAGAAGGUAGAGCAAUCCUUUCCCAGUGAUCUUAUGGACCUGGACGAGCACAUGUCAGGUCGAGAAGAUGAAGCAUCCGCAGAUCAAACAAUAAUUUCUCAGAACCGACAAUAUGGCAGAUUGAUUACGGACGCAUCUACAUUCCAACGCCUCCUGACUAUCCAAGUAUCUGUUCUUAGGCGAUUUCAUGACAAGACUAGUGAAUCGGGGCUGUCGACUUUGGUCGAAUAUCUGGUUGGCUUGGAUGAGGCAGACCUGCUCUCCGCAUCCCGGUUUUUAUCUGAUCUCUAUCAUGGUAUAUCAGCGGCAGAAAGAGAAGACCUUCUGCAAGUCCUCGAGCACGUUGGAGAGAAAUGCCUCCAGUCGUAUGAAAUGGAACGCUGUGAGGCCUCUCACGGUAUCUGUAUUAACAUGAUGUCUGGCUUUGUUUCAUCUUGGGCAAGCAAUCAGAAUGACACGCUCAAUGAAUCGGCUAUGGAUCUCUACGAUUGGUUCAUUCAGGUUCUACUGACCAAAAAGCGAGCAUCGCCAAGAGUUUAUAUCCUGCUGCUCGAACUUUUGCACGCCAUGCUCAAUGCUUGUCCCUCAUACGGCUCUGAUCAACUUCUUCCGUCACCGCGCACAAGCCUUUUUCAAAUCUUGCAAGAAGGAGAUAUUGUUGUCAAGUUCACCGCCGCAAGACUAAUUCCAACUUUCUUCGAGCGAUUCCCUUUCAAGGAUCACGAUGCCAUGUUCGAUGACGUGCUAGAGAAUUUGCCCAGAGAUCCAGACUGGAUUGAAGGAAUUGCGCUUCGUCUUUUUGUUUUGUCUCGACUGGCCUCAAAAUGGCACACUUUGCUGCGCCGAAGUAUAUAUCACAUGUUUGAAACCCCAGCUCAGGUCCCUCUUUCUCUGGAUUAUGCCCGAAAAUGUGUGAAGUCUGUUUCGAACGCGCUUGGUCUAGACAACCCUCAGGAACUAUUUCGUCUAUUUGCCUCUCAAAUUCUCUAUACCUGGACAGAAACCCAAAGUGUCAUGUCUAUGCCGUUUAGUAUGUUCGCAUAUGCAAGUCUCCAAGAAAUGUUGGCAGAUGUCAAGGAGGAGAUUAUUGGACAAAUGAUGAUGCGAGCCAAGGAGUCUGAAACUCAUGAGCUCGCAGCUUACUUAAAUAUAGCUCACGAAGAGCUCAUCAGGAGUUCAUUCUCAAAAGCAGAAGCUUACAGCAUUGCCCGGGACAUCAGCAUCCCCCCAGAACAGGGAAGUCAACCCAAAGGCGUGGAGGUUCUACUGAGAAAAUUACUCGGUGCUGAUGGGUUUAUGAAAGAAGUCGAAUCUCACUUUCCAAAUAUUAUUGUCACUUUCUUCAAAUCACUUGACCGCUAUGAUCAGAUCGAGCGAGCUUUUUCAAAACGACCAAGCUUUCGCUAUGCACUUGAAAUUCAGACGUCCAUUCUCCAAAAGUGUGCAACAGAGAGCACUUUGCCUCCCGGCCAACAACCCUCCUUUCGGGCCCGUUAUCUUCUUGAUGAACUAGACUUUCUUUGCAAACGCACGGGGUUUGAGGUCGAGUCAAUCUGGACGCCUACGCUUGCUACCUUUGUGUGUCGAUCUCUUCUGGAAUCAAUACACCCUGCCCUUGGAUCUCUUCACAUGUGCUCUGUGAUUCGAAAAAUCAGAAUCCUUGUUUCUUUAUCAGGACCAAUAGUUCUUCAGGACUAUCCUUUCGAGAUGCUACUUCACUCAAUUCGCCCACUUUUGGCGGAGAUCCAGUGUUCCGAAGAUGCGCUGGGAAUCUUUUGGUACCUCCUUGAAGCUGGAAAGCCAUAUUUGGCUGCAAACCCCGGAUUUACGGCUGGGAUAAUCCUUACCACGUUCGUGACCCUGCGCAAAUUAUUCUCCCUGGAGAUGGGAGAUAAUACCGAGGAAGGUCAAUUCAAGGCAGCUUUGAAGAGCGCCCAAAGAUUCCACGAAUGGCUUUGCGGGCUGGUGAGAGAAUACAGCUCCCCAGGAUGGGAGCCUCAUGGCCAGGAAACCUUCCCAAGGCUUUUAGCUUUGGCUGAAGAGAUAUCAGCACCAGAUGGCUCACCAAGCAUGGAGAAUGAAAAGAAGUUAGUUCUCGAAGUUCUCACAGAUCGUGAUUCACUACACCCCCUCAUGGGCGAAGCGAUUGCGGAUGUUGUUCUCUCCCUUCUGUGCCCUGAAUUCAAUUGGUCGUUUAAUGUCGGUGUCGAACGUGCCGAAGACAAAUUUGAUUCCACCUCUCAAGUUAUUUCACUGUGGCAUACUCUUAACAAGUUUGAUGGUGGAUCGGAGUACCGGCUCUGGGCCGCCUCAGUCAUCGGGCGCUCAUUUGCGAGAACGGGAAAAGUUGAUGAGAACCUAUUACGAGAGCAGGAUCUCACUUUGUUCAAAAUUGUCGAGCUGAGUGACCAGUCAAAUAUCUUCUGCUACUCCAAAGCUCGAGUAAUCCAAGCCCUGUGUGAGAAGUUACAGAUCCAAGACAACAGAGAAGCCGGAUUGAUCGAACACACAUUACAACUGAUCUUGAGCAAGAUCACCCAAUCCCCAAACCUCCAAGGCUGCGCCGAGGUCAUUCCAGAAUCACUGAUGAAAGCCCUCAUUUGGAGUCCUUACACCUGUCCUACAAUACCCCUUUCGCCGUCGGAGCUAGAGCGAUGCAACAGAACAGACAUAUCAGCUGAUGGGCUCACAGUCGCCGAGUGGGCCCGUACAAUUUCGCUCUUCCUUUCCAAUGCUUCAUUAGAAGAUCCUGUAAUUGGGCCAUUGUGCAAGAUUCUCAACGUUAUUCCCGAUCUAGCUGUUCAGAUCUUACCAUACAUCAUUCAUGAUGUGUUGCUGGCAGAAGGGGGUGACACACCGACAAGACAAGUCAUUUCAGAAUCUUUCAAGCAAAUCUUGAGCGAUGUGCGCGAGGAGAGCGUUUUGCAUGCACGACUCGUCAUCACAUGUGUCUUGUAUCUUCGGAAUCAGCCGGUGCCAGACGAAGUCACGAUCGUCCAGCGUGACAGAUGGCUUGACAUAGAUUUCGGCGAGGCAUCCUCCGCGGCACACUACUGUGGCCUUCAGAAAACAUCUCUUCUAUUCCUUGAGAUUGAGGCAUCCAGAGCAAUUGGGGCUUCUCGUCGGGCUUCUGUUGCCAAGUUCGAACCGCCAGUUGGUUUGUUGCACAAUGUCUUCAAAAACAUUGAUGAUCCAGAUCUUUUUUACGGAAUCCAGCAGAGCUCGUCGCUAAGUACAGUCAUGGAGCGACUGGAGUAUGAGAGCUCGGGCUUCAAGAAUCUGCUCUUCCAGAGUGCUCAGUAUGACAGCGAAAUCCAGAUGUUGGGCCACGGCAAUGCUUACGGAGUUUUGAAAGCUCUUAACUCCACUAAUCUUCAAGGUAUUGCGAACACGAUGGUGAAUGCCUCAGGAAGUGCGAAGGAAAUGUCGAUCUCUUUUGAUAGUACCCUCAAAGCCGCAACGAACCUUCAGCAAUGGGACAUUCCUAUCUCGCCCUUUGAAUCAUCCCCACAAAGCAUGACCUUCCGCGCAUUUCAGAGCUUGAACGCAUCUUCGUCCUUGUCAGAGAUUAAUAUUUCUAUCGACAGCUCUCUUCUGACAACCCUUGAUGCUGCUAUCGAGAACGGCCAAUCAACCAUGCAACUACGAGCUGCGAUGCGCAGCCUGGGAGUUCUGACAGAAAUGCGUGAUAUCCUCCGGUCAUCAUCUUCUGAUGACAUGCGGAAUGAAUGGAAUGAGAUCAUCGGUCGGAGCAGCUGGCUAAAAACUGAAAGUUACCAUGAAGUUGGUGAGAUAUUGAGCUGGCACGAGGGCCUUUGCUCCUCGAUAAGAAAGAACGAUGCCUUGCAAUCAAAGCUGAAUUUGACCCCCGGAGACUCGCGUCUUCUUGAGGCCAAAGUCUUUCGCCAAUCGCUAGAAAUCACAAGGAGUCACGGAAUCUCACAGGCGUCUCUGAAAUCCGCAAUCAGUCUUUCCAAGCUCUCUGAGCCCUGUGCUGAACUGGGAAUCAACAUUGACGGUGCAGCGCAAUUCGAUCUUGCAAAUGUUUUGUGGGACCAGGGCGAAAUGACAGCUUCGAUUAGAAUGCUUCAACAACUCAGGGGUUACAACGAUCUGUAUAAGCAAGCAAUCCCUCUUAGUCGUGCUGAGUUGCUCGUGACUUUGGGUCACCAUGUCGCUGAGGCUCGAUUAGAGAAACCAGAAGCGAUUCUUCAAGAUUACUUGUACCCGGCAGUGAAAGAACUAAAAGGAGCAUCCGAUGGGGAAGCAGCUGGGCGGGUCUAUCACGGAUUUGCUGCGUUCUGCGACCAACAGCUCCUGAACCAGGAUGGCCUAGAAGACUUCAGACGAGUGCAGCAGCUUCGUGAUCGCAAAGAGAAGGAGCUUCAGAGCCUUGAAGAGAUGAUGAAAAUUUCCACAGGCCGCGAAAGGGAGUCCAUGAAAAUCUUCCGAGCCAAAACGAAGCAAUGGUUCGAUCUCGAUGAUCGCGAAUUUCAGCGUCUAUCACGAAGUCGAGAAGCGUUCCUACAGCAGUGUCUCGAAAACUAUCUCCUUGCCUUAAGGGAGAGCGACGCAUACAACAACGAUGCUCUACGGUUUUGUGCGCUUUGGUUCGAUAAAUCAGACAGCAAGAUCGCAAACACCGCAGUCUCCCGCUAUCUGAACGAUGUCCCAAGCCGGAAGUUCGCACCGCUCAUGAAUCAAUUGUCUUCUCGACUGCUCGACGUGUCCGAUGACUUCCAGAAAUUAUUGACGGGAUUAGUAUUCCAAGUUUGUGCUCAACAUCCAUUCCACGGCAUGUAUCAAAUAUUUGCUAGUAGCAAAUCUAAGGGAGGCAAAGACCAAUCCUCACACUCCCGUUUCCUCGCCGCCAACAAACUUGUGGAUCGCUUGAAGAAUGAUAAGACCAUCGGUCCAACCUGGAUUGCUGUUCAUAAUAUGAACAUCACAUACGUACGGUUUGCCGUUGAUCGAAUGGACAACAAGUACAAAAGCGGAGCCAAGAUUGCCUUGAAAAAGCUGCCUACAGGUGAGCGUCUUGGGCAAGACGUGACAACGUACAGGCUUCCUCCGCCCACCAUGAAAAUUGAACUUCGAGAGGACUGUGACUACAGCAAUGUCCCUACAACGGCUAAGUUCCAGUCGGAGUUCACACUUGCGUCAGGCGUUAGUGCACCCAAAAUUGUGACUGCGAUCGCGAGUGAUGGUGUCCGCUACAAGCAGCUGUACAAAGGAGGAAACGACGACCUUCGCCAGGACACGAUCAUGGAGCAAGUCUUUGAGCAAGUUAGCAGUCUGCUCAAAGACCAUCAGCCUACUCGGCAACGAAACCUCGGGAUCAGAACCUAUAAGGUUCUUCCUCUCACUCUCAAUGCAGGAAUCAUUGAAUUUGUUCCUAACACUAUUCCUUUGAAUGACUUUCUAAUGCCUGCGCACCAGCGGUAUUUCCCGAAGGAUAUGAAGCCCAACUCCUGCCGGAAGCAUAUCGCCGAUGUGCAGACCAAGUCAUUCGAGCAACGCGUCAGAACUUAUCGUCAAGUCACAGAACAUUUCCACCCAGUCAUGAAAUACUUCUUCAUGGAGAGGUUCAACAACCCAGACGAUUGGUUCAGCAAGCGAAUUUCGUACACGAGGAGCACAGCUGCGAUCUCGAUCCUCGGACAUGUUCUUGGACUUGGCGACCGACAUGGCCACAAUAUUUUGCUUGAUGAGAAGACUGGAGAGGUGAUUCACAUCGAUCUGGGCGUGGCAUUUGAACAAGGCCGUAUCUUGCCAGUCCCUGAAGUCGUGCCUUUCCGCUUGACUAGAGAUUUGGUUGAUGGAUUCGGCAUUACCAAAACCGAAGGGAUCUUCAGGAGGUGUUGUGAAUUCACACUGGAGGCCCUCCGACAAGAGUCCUACAGUAUCAUGACAAUUUUGGACGUUCUUCGUUAUGAUCCACUUUACAGCUGGACUGUGUCACCUCUGCGAAUGAAGAAAAUGCAGGAUAAUCAAGAGGGAGGCGAUGAGCCACCAGUAAUUACCGGGGCCACUGACAAAGGCUCGAGCCCGACCAAUGAGCCUAGCGAAGCUGAUAGAGCUUUGACAGUGGUCGCUAAGAAAUUGAGCAAGACGCUGAGCGUUACUGCUACGGUCAAUGAGCUUAUCCAACAGUCAACCGACGAGAAAAAUCUUGCUGUUCUAUACUGCGGUUGGGCCGCUUAUGCUUAG